GUUUCAGUUCAUUGAGCGUUUCAUCGGACCCACAUACUGCCGUAGUCACCGUGGGCCAGUAAAUCAGCCAGUCGCCCAGACUACCGUUUGAAGAUGAAGAUGUACAGGACAUUGCUCCUUUGUCUGAUUUUGGUUUUGGUUGCACUGUAUGCGGUCGCCAGAAUUCGGCGUACAAGGCACAGCCGUUUCUGUAUAACCCGAGUACGACCAGGACAUCCCCGGAAACACGGCGGCCGGCACGCUAAGCCAUCGCACCUCGCCUUCUCACGUAUACGCUGCCAGGAGUGCGGUAGUCGAGGCAAGAAGUGUAAAAAACCUUCGCCAAGACCCGUGUGUGGGGAGAACUCCAGGUGCUGUAAGGUUAAAAGAUACUCGAUCUACUGCAAGAAUACUAUCAUUGAAAAAAGUUUACCUUGCCCGCAUAAAUGGUCCUGUGUGUGUAAUGAGGGAUACAGGUUGAACAUCUCUGAUCCAGGUUCCAAAAGUUGCGUUCCAGUGAGGCCCCCAGUUGUGUGUGGUAAUAAUACUAGAUGUUGUGAGAUAGUGAAUAACAGUACAGUGUCAAACUGCCAGAAUACUACCAAUGAAGAAGGGCAAAGAUUACCUUGUCCAGAACCUCGGGUCUGCGUUUGUGAUGAGGGAUAUAUGUUCAACUCUUCUGAUCCAGAUCCACAAAAUUGCGUUCCAGUGAGGCCCCCAGUUGUGUGUGGUAAUAAUACCAGAUGCUGUGAGGUAGUGGAUAACAGUACAGUGUCAAGCUGUCAGAAUACUACCAACGAAGAAGGUCAAAGUUUACCUUGUCCAGAACCUCUGGUCUGUGUGUGUGAUGAGGGAUACAUGUUCAACUCUUCUGAUCCAGAUCCACAAAAUUGCGUUCCAGUGAGGCCCCCAGUUGUGUGUGGUAAUAAUACCAGAUGCUGUGAGGUAGUGGAUAACAGUACAGUGUCAAACUGCCAGAAUACUACCAAUGAAGAAGAUCAAAGUUUACCUUGUCCAGACCCUCUGGUCUGUGUGUGUGAUGAGGGAUACAUGUUCAACUCUUCUGAUCCAGAUCCACAAAAUUGCGUUCCAGUGAGGCCCCCAGUUGUGUGUGGUAAUAAUACCAGAUGCUGUGAGACAGUAGAUAACAGUACAGUGUCAAACUGUCAGAAUACUACCAAUGAAGAAGGUCAAAGUUUACCUUGUCCAGAACCUCGGGUCUGUGUGUGUGAAGAGGGAUACAUGUUCAACUCUUCUGAUCCAGAUCCACAAAAUUGCGUUCCAGAAAUGCCGACAUGUCCUGAAUCUAUCACACAAUGUCCUGAACUAACAAGACGGUGUCCGGACGUUCAACAAGUCAUGUGUGAUGGUACAACCUAUACCUUCAACGACAGCUAUCAAUAUGUCGCAAAUAAUCUGGCACCGUUGCGAUACAGCAUCUGUUACUCAGGAAGUAACAACAUCAUUAUAUCCACAUGCAAUGCCGCCGACUACGACACGAAGCUGGCUCUUUUUGCCUGUGAUGCAAUGUCUAAUAUUGAAUCCGGUGGAAGUCAGACAUGCAAUAUCCGCCAAGGUAACAGUGCGUACUUUAAUGACGACUUUGAUCGCUGUUCUGGCUAUACCUCUCUGCUCCAGAUCCCUCAAGGAGACUUAUCCAAUGGGACGUAUGCAAUAGGUGUGUACGGGUAUGGUGACAUCGGAGGGUCCUUCAAGGUCUCUAUCUCUUGUUAAAGAUAUGAGCAAUACCAAAAUCUGAACUGGAGGGAUGAUCUGCCCGAGCCUAGCUGUGUUGCUAAAGACUGCAAUUUUCUUCCAAAAUGUUGUAAGUUUAUUGACAAAGCCAAAUGACAGAACAGAAAGUUGAAAUGAGGAUUAUACAUGUAUCUCUUCAUAU